AGCCAGACCUGGGCUGAAGAAAGGCAAAAGCAGGAUAUUUUAUGGAAUUCACCAGGACUUCCCGUGUGUGGCAGUGGUCGGAUUGGGCAAGACCACCACAGGUGUUUGYGGGUCUGAAAACUGGGACACCAGGAAGGAGAACAUCAGGCAGGCGGUGUCCGCUGGCUGCCAGUUGCUUCAGGAACUAGAGGUGAAUUGCAUUGAGGUGGAUGGCUGUGGUGACGCUCAGUCAGCGGCAGAAGGCGCCGCUCUGAGUUUGUUUCAUUAUGAUCAACUCAAGUCCAAGAAGAAGACCAAAGUGUCGACACAACUGCACAGAAGCGCUGACACAGACAGCUGGAGGAAAGGAGUUGUGUAUGCAGAAGGCCAAAAUCUGGCCCGACUCCUCAUGGAAGCUCCUGCCAAUCACAUCACUCCCACUGCUUUCGCCAACGCCAUCGAAGAACAGCUCGCUCCGCACGCCGAACGAGUCACGAUAAAUAAGAGAYCACAAGCUUGGAUUGAGGAGCAGCAGAUGGGAGCCUUCCUCAGCGUGGCGAAAGGUUCGGAGGAGCCGCCCGUUUUCCUGGAGCUGCAUUACAACGGUUCACCGGACAGCAAGCAGCCGCCGCUGCUCCUUGUGGGCAAAGGCGUCACGUUUGACAGUGGAGGCAUUUCUCUGAAGCCGUCUUCGUCUAUGGAUGAAAUGAGAGCUGAUAUGGGUGGKGCUGCCACCGUGUGCGCCUCCAUCGUCACAGCGGCUGCUCUGAAGCUUCCAGUAAACAUAAUAGGUCUAGCCCCGCUGUGCGAGAACAUGCCCAGCGGAAAGGCUACAAAACCAGGCGACGUUGUCAGAGCCAAGAAUGGGAAAACAAUCCAGGUUGAUAACACAGACGCAGAGGGCAGACUGAUCCUGGCUGAUGCUCUUUGUUACGCGCACAGCUUUGACCCCAGAGCCAUUGUCAAUGUUGCAACGCUGACGGGUGCAAUGGAUGUAGCGCUGGGUUCGGCAGCAACGGGAGUUUUUACGAACUCAGACUGGCUCUGGGAGCAGUUGCACAAGGCUAGUGUUGUGACAGGCGACAGAGUUUGGAGGAUGCCUCUGUUCCAGCAUUACUCAAAGCAGGUGACUGACUGCCAGCUGGCCGACCUCAACAACAUCGGCAAGCACAACCGCUCUGGUGGGGCGUGCACAGCAGCUGCGUUCCUCAAGGAGUUUGUCACAGCUCCUCACUGGGCUCAUCUGGACAUUGCUGGUGUCAUGAGUAACAAAGAUGAAAUUCCCUACCUGAGCAAAGGCAUGUCUGGAAGACCGACRCGUACGCUGGUGGAGUUUGCUGCUGGGCUGGCUCACAGUGGCUGAGAGAAACAAGAAAUCUGAUAAUACACUGGUGUUUUCCUCAGAACRAAGUGGUGAUCUUCAUACAUGGACCAGAACCAAACUUCAGAGUAUAAUUCGUCCAUGAUGAAAGGAUGAUAGGAAUACUUUGUGGAACUGUGUGAUUGAGAUUAGCUGUUUUUUAGUUAAAUAUUCUUUUCUUAUCAUUUCAUUGUUCACAUUUUACUUACAUGUUUUAUAGGUUAUUAUAAUAAACUAUAAAUGGCAAAUAAAAUAAUCUAAACUCC